AUGAAGUUUGCCUCUUCUCUCUUUCUCAUCGCCAACGUGGCUACUGGAGCACUUGCUCUUAAAGGAGAUGGCGCCGCGUGUGAGUUGAACAUCGAGUGUCUCAGCGGAUACUGCAUGCCUCAUACAGGCUCGGACCAAUACGUAUGCUGGGGUGAGCGCCGUAAGGGAGACUGGUGCAACGUCAACUACACCGGAACUGUGUGCAACAGAGGACUGACGUGUAAAUCUUACCAGGGAAGCUUCUUCCUUGGCAAGUGCUCCUAA